AGUUCUCCCAAGAUGGCGGACAUAAUGAAUAGCUCUUCCAAGCUGACUGGUAUUGAAAUGGAAAAUCGGGGUCAGGCAGAUCCGCCGAAUUACAAUAAAGCUUACUUGCCGGUAGACGAGGAGGCGGGAAAUGGACUUCACGAGGACGAAGAGGGUGAAGAAUUUGAUCCUUGGGCUUUGCCUGAACUCCAAGAUCUUGGCCCUAAGUGGUCUGAACUUGAUGGAUGCGGCAAAGUGAAACGAGUGGCUUUGGCAGUUGGCAAGGUCAUUCUUCUUCUUUGUCUUCUCUAUGUAUUUAUCUGUUCACUGGACUUCCUCAGUAGUGCCUUCCGAUUGCUUGGAGGAAAAGCGGCAGGCGAAGCAUUUGCGUCUAAUAAAAUUUUGAGUAACCCCGUCGCUGGCUUGAUGAUCGGCAUCUUGGCAACGGUUCUUGUCCAAAGUUCAUCUACAACCACAUCCAUCGUUGUUUCAAUGGUCGCUGCGCAGAUUUUAGAUGUUGAGCCUGCUAUUCCAAUUGUGAUGGGUGCCAAUAUAGGAACAUCAGUCACCAACACCAUAGUUUCACUUGCACAAGCUGCUGAGCGUAAUGAGUUUCGACGUGCCUUUGCUGGUGCGACAGUACAUGAUAUAUUUAACUGGCUGUCUGUGCUCAUAUUCCUGCCCUUGGAGGUUAUCACACAUUUCCUACUUCAUCUUACUGGUAAGAUCAUCAAUGUACUUCCUUUGACUCAGAAGAAAGGAACCAACAAAAAGUUGCUGAAGAAAUUGACAGAACCAUUUACUAAGCUUAUAAUUCAGUUAGACAAAAAAAUUAUAGAGAAUAUUGCACUGGGAGAUGAAUCAGCAGAGUCAAAAUCCCUUAUCAAAGACUGUUCACCCAAGGAAGUAACAGAGGCUGUUAAUAAAACCUUGAAUGGGACUACUUAUUUGGAAAAUGUGACAACAAUUGAACCUACCUCAUGCAAGUUUCUCUUCCAUGGUACAUCCCUGAGUGACACUGAGGUUGGCAUCAUAAUCCUGGUUCUCUCCAUUGGCCUGCUCUGUAUCUGUCUUGUCAGUAUUGUUAAGGUUCUUCACUCCAUGCUUCGUGGUCAGAUGGCAAAAAUAAUCAAGAAGACUGUCAAUGCAGACUUCCCUGGACCAUUCAAACACCUCACUGGCUACUUGGCAAUUCUUGUUGGUGCUGGUCUUACUAUGUUGGUACAGUCCAGUUCCAUCUUUACGUCAGCCCUUACACCUCUCAUAGGAGUUGGAGUUGUCACCAUUGAACGAGCCUUCCCUCUUACCUUGGGUUCAAACAUUGGAACAACUGCAACAGGUAUUUUGGCUGCUUUGGCAAGUUCGUCAAAUCUAGACAAGGCCCUUCAGAUUGCCUUCUGCCAUCUAUUCUUCAAUAUUUCUGGUAUCCUGGUGUGGUAUCCUAUCCCUUACCUGCGAAAAGUUCCCAUUGGUUUUGCCAAGUCAUUAGGAAACAAAACGGCUGACUACAGAUGGUUUGCCAUUGCAUACCUGGUGUUUGGCUUUUUCCUUCUUCCAGCAGCUGUCUUUGGCUUGUCACUUGCUGGUUGGCAGAUUCUCCUUGGUGUAGCUGCACCCCUCCUACUUCUCUUCCUGUUCAUUGUCAUUGUGAACAUCUUUCAGAGGAAAGCUCCUGGCCAUUUACCAGACGUUCUCCAAGACUGGGAAUGGUUGCCAAAGUGGACACGAUCACUAGAGCCUCAUGACCGUGUUUUCUCCAAAGUUACUGAGCUGAGCAGAAUGUGCCAUUCAGACAGGACUAGGCAAGCAUCCAACACAGAAUCGCGUGUGUAGAAGAGACUGGUUUUUGUAUUUAUUUAGUCUGGAGCCUAUGGUUAGAUCAGUAGUUUUCAGAGUUAUUCAUUAGAAGAUGAAAGCAGUUAAAACAUGCUGAUUUUUGUUUUUGAUUAUUUUAUUUUUAUUAACCCUUAGUGUCUUUGAAUUAUUUAUUUUGUCUGAAAAAUGCAAUUAAAAUGAUCAAGUCUUUUUUUGUUUUGUGGCAGACAUUCUCCAAUUUCUGGAAUGGGAGAAAGGAACUUUGUGCUAAUAUGUUACAAUAGUAGCUCAAUCAUGUAGUUUUUCUUUGGAAGCUAUUUGGCAAAAUACCUAAAACAUCUUUUCAGAUGGCUAAAAUUAAAAGAAAUGAAAAUUGCUCUACUAUUUGGCAUAGUGCAAACUUCCUAGUAAUGUGAGUAAUCUGUUUAGUGACUAAACUUUGUUCCCUGCUAAAUGCAAUAUACGUUAAUUAAUGGUUCAUGUAACAGUGAUCUUAAAACUACUUUGUGGGUAGUGAUAUUUUCGUAAUUCUUGCUUCCUGUUUUUCAGGUUAUGUAAACCCUAUUUACAUCCUAAAAAAAAAUACAUCUAAGGAUGAGUGUGCAGGAAUUGUAGCUAAAAAACCACUUAUCUUUAUGAUCAAGUUUAACGGUCAUGUGGCAAGUCUGACUUCUGAUGCAUAUGGGGUUUACAUGUAGAUACAGUAACAUGCUAUGUUAGAUUUGUACAUUGCUUUUAAUGUUGAAUAAAACACAGAGCUUGCUUUCAUGCUAAGGUAAGUUUGGUAUUUAUAGUAUCAUAACUAUUGUUAAUUUAAAGGACAUUGUAUUAAUGUUUGUUAUGAGAAUAAACAAUUCAAUGGGUUGAGUUAAA